ACGCGGAGGGGACGGGCAGCCCCCUGUGUGGGCGCGGCGUGUUGAUAACUGCUCCUCCCAAUGCAACCCGCAACCACCUUGGGUUCGCGGGUCCGAUGCGGACAAUCUACCGCUGACGCGCGUGGUGCAGAGGGAUCUGUGGGAGCACCAGCUACGCGGACAAUCUACCGCUGACGCGAGUGGUGCAGCGGGACCUGCGGUGGGAGCACCAGCUGUUCCACGGCAGCUGCGACGGCAAGCGCCUGCUUCCCCACCUUCCUUCCCUCCCCGGGCUUGCUUCUCGCAGGUGCGCGGGUCCGACGCGGACAAUCUGCCGCUGACGCGUGUGGUGCAGCGAGAUCUGUGGGAGCACCAGAUGUUCCACGGCAGCUGCGAGGGCAGGCGCCUGCUCGUCGUGCCGUGGCCCACCAAGACCCACCAUGGCGUGGGCUCGCAGAUACACGUGAUGAGCACGUUCCUCAGCCUGGCUUUUAUCCACAACCGCACACUCGUGCCCGCGCCUGGCUCGUACGACCGGGCCUACACCGAGACAUGCAACUCGACAGGGACAGGCGGGUCGUGGGGUUGCUACUUCUUCCCCAUAGUGAACCCCGACUGUGAGCGCGUGGUAUCAGAUAUGAUCGCCAGCAGCACCAUGCCCCCCUUGUCCUCCGACAAGACGGGGCACAAUCGCCUCGCUGCCUCGGCCGACCCGGUGGUGUAUCUCAACUCGAGCUGCGACAGCCAGAUGAAGUUGGAGGCCCGUGCUGCCACGCUAUGGGGCGAUGCGUACGCGAGGGCCCCGGAUGUGGUGGAGUAUAUGGGGGAGGAGCCACCUGUUGACACCAAACACCCGAUGGUGCACUGGUGGCGAUCGCAGUCAACACGUUUCAUGCUGCGCUGGCCCUCUUCUCACUUAUGCCACCAAACCAACAAGGAGCGCCACACAGCAUACGGCCUGCUAACCGCAUCCCACCACUCUCGCUACACCGAAACGCAGUCCGAGAUCCUACGGGCCGUUACGGGAAACACCCAGAUCAUCGCAGGGAACGCGACCUUCGAAACACCCGAAACACCCGAAUCCAAGAAACUUGCCGAGAUUGCCGCCAGCCCUCCGGGUCCCAUUGAAACGCAAGUGUGGCCUAUCCGGGGUUUCGCAGGGUGCAGUGAGGUGUGCAUGGGUGCAGCGGAUGCCAAGGCGAUAAGGGAGACGUAUGCAGCGGUGGGAAUGGGAGGAGAGCCUUUUGUGAUGCGGCCGAUUGUGAGUGUGCACGUGCGGCAGAGUGACAAGGGCACUGAGAUGCGCCUGUCUCCGCUCGCCACGCACAUGUUCUUUGCGCACCGGCUGCGGCGUUACGUGCCGGACUUGCGAUACGUGUGGCUCAACACAGAGAUGGAGUCCGUGGUCAAGGAAUCAGCUUCAUACCUCGACUGGAAGUUCCUUCACUCCUCCAAUUCGCGCCAGCCCGUGGGUUCCAAAUCGAGCCGAGAGUAUGAGCGCAUGCAGUCGGUGGCAGCGAGCUUCGCGAGUGUGAUCAUCGCGUCGCAGUGCGACUACUUUGUGGGCGCUCUCGGGUCAAACUGGAGCCGAUUGAUAAACGAGCUGCGCUCGACGAAUGGGAGGCUUCUCAAUGGGUUUUAUACAGUCAACAUGGGGGAAUGGUAG